AUGGCAUACGGCGGCCUCGCAGUGCCCAUCACCAUCAUGAGCAUGUUCUGGACGGUGGUCGUCUUCGGCGUGCUGUGGUUUGUGCCCAAGGGGCCUAACCGGGAUGUUAUUAACACAAUGUUGGUGACAUGUGCUGUCUGCUGCUACCUCUUCUGA